GUGUCUCCUGAUCCUCGCGUGAGCACUCGCGUCUCUCCCACAAUCUUCCAAACCCACAAUAUGGCUGUCGAUUGGAAUGCUUUUCUGAACGGCCCAUGGCCAGACAUGACCGAUCCAUCAUCUACAGACCUUUCGAUUGAAAUGCCAAAAACAACUUCUGCCCGCCCUCUCGGCUCAACACCAGUCGAUGAUCUUGCUGCGUUCGAUUCUGUCCUCAACGCCAACCAGCCUGAUGCUUACUUUGACGACAACCUUUUUGGAAACAGCGACUACUUCCUGAGCGACUUCGAGGGCCUCCAAAGUUCUGCGAGCGGUAUCGCCGGCGGGGACUCGACUUCGGAGUCAUCCCCAGAGCCAUCCAACAGCAUCGGUCUCUCCAGGAACGGCCUUUCAGUCUCGGAAACCCUAGCAUUACUUUCCGGCAAUCCAGAUCAAUCACCGAACAUGCAGUCUUCCCGUAGGCCCACCAUCAUGAGGGCAAGUACCUUUCCGAACCUCCAAUACGAGUCCAUGUUCCCCAACAACCUCGAAUCAGGCUUCGUGGAAGACCUCACCUUUCCUGAUGGACCUAGCGGGCCUUCAUCGACGUCCAAAACCACCGGAGACAACAAUGGAAACAACCCAAAUGGCAACAACAGGAACCUGUCGUCAACAUCUACUACAGGCAAACGUGCCCACAAGGCCAAACCCGAUAUUCUUUCCGCAUGCUGGACAUCGCCGCUCUGCCCCAAUCACGACCAAGAUGGUCCACCGCCCAACCCUUCGAAUUGCGGAGGAGGAUGUGCCCCAUUCCUGUUCGCCAACGACGACACUCUCCCCACGCCCACUACCACCAACCUCCUGAACGAGGCCCAAGAGGUAAUACCGGAGGACGGGGUGGUCGAAAUCAAAUCAUAUAGUAAGAAACGCUCCGAGAGCGCCAUAUCGACUAACGAGUCUUCCGGUCGACGUUUCUCCACCAAGACAACACCCGACUCAAACGACAUCAAGAGUGAGUCGGAAGACUCGCCUCAGGCCCCCUUGGAUGACAAGCCCAAACCACGACGACGUCUACCGCACAAUCAAGUAGAGCGGAAAUACCGCGAGUCGCUCAACACCCAGCUCGAAUCCUUGCGUCGUGUAGUCCCCUCGCUGCAACAAAAUCGCGCUUGCGACGGCGCCGAUAUCGAGGACCUCCCCGCCCCGUCCAAACCUUCCAAGGCUGUCAUUCUCGCGUCGGCCACCGCACACAUCAAGCAGAUCGAGAAGGACCGGAAAAGCUUACAAGACGAAAACCAGUUGCUCAAGACCAGAGUCAAGGCUCUGCAGGCGCUGGUCAAGUGCGACGACUGCUCUUUGAUGCAGUACGUAAUGGACCUGAAGAUCAACCAGGCCAAGUAA